UCUAAUAUUACAUGUCUACAGAUCUGAAACCAUUCAGUGUAACAAAUAUGCAGAAAUAUAGGAAAUUAGGAAGGAGCAAAUAGUUUUUCAUGGCAAUGUAGAAUUAAGACAUCUGAUUGGUCAGGUUACAAAUGAAAAUAUUGAACAAGGUUUGUUCCUUGGCCAUAUGUUUGCAUUUAGAAUGCUUGCCUUUAUUAAACCCUCCUUUUUUUCUCUAGUCAGCUGGACCGUAGAUCACGCCUCCUUGUGUAUCACAUGACCUGGGAUAUUCUUCCUGUCAAUGGGGUGCGUCUGGAGGUGUGCUGUCAUUUAAGCUUCCUUUUUAAAAAAACACUAGUGAGGAGAAGCAAAAAACAAAUUAUGUAGAAAUGGAUGGGACACUAAAAGCAAUGCAAGUGAUUGCUAUUGUCCUGCAGUGUUCGACAUGUAGAGGUUCAUUGGGCAGCUCGCACUCAGCGCAUUGCUUAACUGGCGAUAGCGUAGUGUUGAACUGUCAAUCUACGGCCGCAGGAAAGAGACAGGAAAAAAUAGAUGUUGAGUGGAAGAGGUUGGACCCGUCGGGUCAUGAGGUGACCGUAUUUAACUCCAUUGAGCCCGAGAAGAAUCGGAUCGGAGCCACUGUGGACGGGCUGGGGCACGGCGAUCCAUCUUUGCGCUUAGCCAAUGUGACCUUGGCCGAUGAAGGGAUCUACCUCUGCUCGUUCUUUUUAACACCCACAGAGUAUAAAGGAAAAGCCCGGCUGGAUGUAUCAGUGAGGCCGACCGUGGAACUUCCUGCCGAGCUCACUGUGACGGAGGGCGAAGAGAAGACUGUAGUCUGUAAGAUUAACGGGUUCUACCCGCGCCAGAUCUCCGUUUUAUGGCUAACCAGCGGCAGCUCGAGCCGCGAGACGGCUCACAUCUCCCGCGGUGUCUGCACGGCCGAAACGGAGGACAAUGGCGAUCGCACGUUCAGCGUAUCCAGCCGCAUCACCGUGACGGCCAACCCAACGGCGAAUAAUGGCGCAGAGUACGUCUGCAUGGUUAAGCACAGGGCGUAUGCUGAGCCUCACAACAGAAGCGUCAUACUGAGGGUUCAAGGUCGAUAUGACGUCACACGACUGAUAGCUGGCACCAUGGUCACCAGUACACUUCUGGUUCUGCUUGUCGUGGGCUCAAUAUUUAUUUACUGCAGAUAUUUUCAGAGAGUUCCUCCAAGUGUGUCGGAAAUCAUCAAGCCCUCUUUAAUAUUUGCUAGAGUGCCAACGGAGUUGAAGUGCAAUAUCACCAGUGACAGGCCAAGAGACAUCAAAGUUAGUUGGCUGAAGCUGAGUCCAGGGUUGGACAGUGACACUGCAGUGACCCGGAAAAGCUUCUCAGAGGCUUCCCCUUUGAAUGGGUGGUUAGACCUGAGUGACAAAGCUGUCUUAGACAGUGGCAACAUGCAUCUCACUUCCACGCUACGCAUCCAGCUGACCACCUACGAGGAUAAUACUAAAUAUCAAUGCCUUGUCCGUUACGGUGACAAAUCGAUCACGAGAGAGACCACCGUGAAUGUUAAAGCACAACCAUCCGUUCUUCAAAUCUCAAGCCUGCCUCAUAUUCCCGAAGUGGGGAAGUUGCUGGUUUUGUGUUGCCGCGUUGAGAAGUUCUACCCAAAGGACGUUCACCUGGAGUGGUCAAGGCAAGGAGAGCCGGUGGGGAACGUCACUCAGUUCGGACCCUUCCCCGACACAGACAACAAACACAGCGUCUGGGGAAAGACCGAGCUGAUGGUGGCCCAGGAAGACCACAAUACCAUGUUCACCUGCCGCGUGUAUCACGACAGCUUCCACGAGCCCGGCUAUGAGGAUGUCACCUAUCAGGUCAACAUAGAUGGCGUUCCUCCAAGCGUGAUGUUCAUCAACUGCGACCCGCCUCAGCCGAAGGCGGGUGAGAAAUGCACACUCAGCCUUUACCUUGGCGACUUCUGCCCCGAGCACGUCUCCGUCACCUGGUACAGGAACGGCCGGCCGGUGCACACCGGAGUCUUCCUCUCCCCCCCUGCGCUCGACGUCAGCGGCCUGUACUGCCUGUGGAGCUUCCUCCAGCUCACGCCCGCGGGGGAAGACCACGGCUCGGUCUUCCGGUGCCUGGUGGAGCACAGCGCUCAAACCGAACCGGAGGAGAGAGAGUACACGCUCAGCCUGUGCUCCUGAGAUUUCCCCUCGAUCAAAGACCGCACCAGGGGCUCCUGCUGUCACCCUCCUGCUGCGUGACACCCCCCAAUUCCAUUUGACUGGUCCCACCAUAGUGCCCGUGACAGAAGGUUAGAGAAAAGUGUAAACAUUUACAGACUCUUAAAAACUCUUUCUUUCCAUUGACAUAGGAUUUUGUAACAGUAGGGAUGCUUCUCACAGCGUGGAAAAUAAUCUCAGCCUCCCAGUUCCUGUACCAUAUGAACACCAGAUCCUUUAGUCCUUAAUAAUAAUAAUGUGUGGUGGCUAAUUGAUUGGAGUUUUGCGUUGCUUUUGAACCACACAUCAAACCAUGGUGUUCAUAUUGUUUCACAAUUGUGGUUCAAAAUUUCAUUGGCAAAAGCUUCCAAAGACAUUUCAUUGCAUCUCCAUAAAAGUUUUGGUUUUGUGUAUAUCCUGUACAACACAUGUGAGGUGUAUAUAUAUGAGGUAUAUAACCAUACUAUUUUAUGCAUGUCGAGUAUUUAGUAUAUACAUUUUAUAUUUUUUGUAAAAGGGUGCUUUCUUAAUAAGAUGUUGUGUGAGCAAUUUCAGGUUUGUGUGUGUGUGAACGUUUUUUCAGUUUAUGUGUGUACACACUGUUUUAGUGUUGUACUUCUGCAUCUGAGUUUUGAAUUACAGCCCAGAUGGCACUGAGAAAAAACCAUAAAUAGCACUGCUGUUUCGCUGAAUAAUUUAUCGCUGGAAUGCGUCACUAAUUAACAUGUUCAGACAUUUCAUUGACAAGGUUUUCACCCAAACUCAAAAAUAACUGAGUAUACCUGCUAUUUAAAAUCUUGGAAAGGCAGCUGAAAGGAAUUUUUCAUUACUGAAAUUAAGCACUUUCCAGACACUAAAAAGAGCGCUCUAUUAGACUUGUGGAUUCUGAAUUAAUAAUACUAAACAUAUGGACAAUAUGUACAUCUAUUGUGUGGAGGAAAACCUCCUCUUAGGUUCGGAAGGUGAGUCGGCGAUGUAAGAAGAAAGACUAGAAACUAUGAUUUCUUCUAAUACUUUUUUAUUUGUUUUACAUCCUUUUUUAUACAAUCAGAUCUCCUUCUACCAUGAUGUAUCUUCCCUCUGAAACAACCAAUCCCAGCCUAGGUCACACUUAUGUUUCACCAGCUAGUUUAACAAUAACUAUUAUAUAAUUUUCAAUUUCAAUAAAUGACAGAUAUUUCACCACACACUUACAGAGGUAUGUAUAUGCAUGACUUGAAUAACAAGUAUUUGUUCUCAUGAAUAACAAUUGUUUAAUCUUCCGGUUCCAAAGUGCAUGCACUUUAAAUGCAUUCAAUACAUGCUGUAAUCCAAAUGAAAUAUUUAACUCAUAUACAAACACACCAGGCUGUUCUAACAGAAUAUGUGUAUAUUAUUACUGUUGCUGUUAUUCAUUUGAUUUUAAUUUAUUCAUUUUAAUAGAAUAUAAUCUAUACAAUAACUAGAUAUAGCAAAACAGUUCUUUCUAGGUCAGUGUGUCCUUUCUCUUCUCUUGCAACUCAAAGGUCUUCUGCAGAAGACUGUUUCCCAACAUAAGUUACUUACAAAAUUCCAAUAAUAAAUGUUUACAAUUUUCCUCCUA